AGUUAGCGUUUGGAUUUGUUCGUGAUAAUAGGUUACGCGUCGUUCACGUUUCAUCGUACAUUUAGGGAGUCUGUGAGUGUUUGUCAGAUUGUGUGCGCGUGUGUGUGAAUCAGUCAUACAACCACACCAACAACCCCCAGUCGGUGUAUCUACAAUAGCAACAAAACUAAGAACAAUAACACCGAAGCCACGAACACAAAUAGCAAUCAAGCGAAACCGGUUCCGGCGCUACGCGUUCGUUUGUUGAAUUGUGUGCGUGUGUGCGACACAAAUAUACAACCACAAAUUUAAAUUGUGGUGUUUAAUUUGCUAUAAAAGCAACAUAAAUGUGGCAGUGUUAAAAAUCGAAGAAAAAUAUACCGACAAACAAGUGUUAAAUUGGUGUUCGCACACUAAACUCUGUGCGCAAUAUUGAAACAUAUUGUAAAUUAACAUUUGGAUAGAGAAUAAUUACAACAACAACUAAGCGUACUAAUAGCCAAACGCAAACGUACAGCUACAAAAGCAUCAGCAAAAGCCGUAAAAUGUUGCCGCCACCGCGUUUAAACGCCAUGAAAUGGUUAACCCUGCUCGCAGCGAUCGCUGCCUUCUGCACUCCGCUUGCUUACGGGGCGACUCAACCCGAUGCCGACCAGAAAGGACCCGUUUUCCUCAACGAACCCACCAAUCGUAUUGAUUUCUCGAACUCUACCGGCGCCGAAAUUGAAUGCAAAGCUAGCGGUAAUCCUAUGCCUGAGAUUAUUUGGAUUCGUAGUGAUGGUACUGCUGUUGGUGAUGUACCCGGAUUGCGUCAGAUUUCAUCCGAUGGCAAAUUGGUAUUCCCACCUUUCCGCGCUGAAGAUUACCGACAGGAAGUGCACGCUCAGGUCUACGCUUGCUUGGCGCGUAAUCAAUUCGGCACAAUUAUUUCACGCGAUGUUCAUGUACGAGCGGUCGUUCCGCAAUCCUAUACGGUAAAUGUCAUGGAUGAGGCUGUGUUGCGUGGCAACAGCGCCAUACUCAAAUGUCAUAUACCCAGUUUUGUGGCGGAUUUCAUAUCAGUCGCGUCAUGGGUGGAAGAUGAAGAACGCGAAAUUUUCACCACUAACGAUGGCGUCGGACACUUUGAUAGCGAUGGUAAAUAUUUGGUUUUGCCCUCUGGUGAACUGCACAUACGCGAAGUGGGGCCCGAAGAUGGUUACAAAAGCUAUCAGUGCCGCACCAAGCAUCGUCUAACUGGCGAAACACGAUUGAGCGCGACAAAGGGACGCUUGGUGAUUACAGAACCUGUCGGCGCUAAACCCCCAACAUUUUCGCUGGAGUAUAAAUUAAUUGAAGUGCAAAAGCAAGAGCACACUGGCUUUGCGCUGCUGUGUCAAGCGCAGGCUUAUCCAGUACCCGUAAUAAGAUGGUAUAAGUUCAUUGAAGGCACCACACGCAAACAAGCCGUUAUACUAAAUGAGCGCGUUAAACAAGUUUCUGGCACCUUGAUUAUUAAGGAUGCUGUGGUCGAAGAUUCUGGCAAAUAUUUGUGUGUAGUCAAUAACUCAGUUGGCGGCGAAAGCGUGGAAACUGUGCUCACUGUGACCGCACCACUGUCAGCGAAAAUCGAUCCACCCACACAAACUAUUGAUUUCGGCCGCCCAGCUGUAUUCACCUGCCAAUAUAUUGGUAACCCAAUUAAGACUAUCAGUUGGUUGAAGGAUGGCAAAUCGAUUGGACAUAGCGAUCAGGUAUUACGCAUCGAAUCAGUGAAGAAGGAAGAUAAGGGCAUGUAUCAGUGUUUUGUGCGCAAUGAUCAAGAAUCUGCGGAAGCGAGUGCUGAAUUGAAAUUAGGUGGACGUUUUGAUCCACCUGUCAUACGACAGGCAUUUCAAGAAGAGACAAUGGAACCUGGACCAAGCGUCUUCCUCAAGUGUGUAGCUGGCGGCAAUCCAACACCUGAAAUCUCAUGGGAACUCGAUGGCAAGAAAAUCGCAAAUAUUGAUCGUUACCAAGUUGGUCAAUAUGUGACAGUAAAUGGUGAUGUUGUCUCCUAUUUGAAUAUAACAUCUGUACAUGCGAACGACGGCGGUCUCUACAAGUGUAUAGCUAAGAGCAAAGUUGGCGUAGCUGAACACUCGGCGAAAUUGAAUGUCUACGGUUUACCCUACAUUCGUCAAAUGGAAAAGAAAGCUAUUGUAGCGGGUGAGACUUUAAUUGUUACCUGUCCCGUAGCAGGCUAUCCCAUUGAUUCGAUCGUUUGGGAACGUGAUAAUCGCGCUUUACCGAUCAACCGCAAACAGAAGGUCUUCCCCAAUGGCACUUUGAUAAUUGAGAAUGUGGAACGUAAUUCCGAUCAAGCGACCUACACUUGUGUAGCUAAGAAUGCCGAAGGUUAUUCAGCGCGCGGCUCACUAGAAGUACAAGUUAUGGUCCUUCCACAAAUCACACCCUUCAGUUACGACGACAUAAUCAACACAGGCGACUCCAUCGAUUUGCUUUGUCAAAUACAGAAAGGAGAUCGUCCAAUCAAAAUCAACUGGAGUUUUGAACGCGUCGCUGGUGACGCGCGAUACGACACACUCCAACCGAUAAUGCGUACAAAUCGUUUUAGUAGCAAAUCGAGUGUGUUAUCGAUACCACGUGCCACACCCGCACACACUGGCACCUAUACUUGUACGGCCAGUAAUGCGGCUGGCUCAACGACAUACAGCACAAAUGUUACCGUGAAUGUACCACCAAGAUGGAUACUCGAACCCACCGACAAGGCUUUCGCACAAGGCUCCGACGCUAAAGUUGAAUGCAAAGCUGAUGGCUUCCCUAAACCACAAGUAACAUGGAAGAAAGCUGUUGGUGAUACACCCGGCGAAUACAAGGACUUGAAGAAGAACGAUAAUAUACGCGUAGAAGAAGGCACACUACACAUUGACAACAUACAGAAGACAAAUGAAGGUUAUUAUCUCUGCGAGGCUAUUAAUGGUAUUGGUUCUGGACUUUCGGCCGUCAUUAUGAUUAGCGUACAGGCACCACCAGAGUUUACCGAGAAAUUGCGCAAUCAAACUGCACGCCGUGGCGAACCAGCGGUCUUGCAAUGCGAAGCUAAAGGCGAAAAACCCAUUGGCAUCUUGUGGAACAUGAAUAAUGUGCGUUUGGAUCCCAAGAAUGAUAAUCGUUAUACAAUUCGUGAGGAAAUACUCUCAACCGGCGUGAUGUCUAGUUUGUCUAUUAAACGUACCGAACGCUCAGAUUCUGCGCUCUUCACUUGCUUGGCCACCAAUGCUUUUGGUUCAGAUGAUGCUAGUAUUAAUAUGAUUAUACAGGAAGUACCCGAGAUGCCCUACGCUUUAAAGGUUUUAGACAAAUCUGGCCGCUCCGUACAGCUGAGCUGGGCGCAACCUUACGAUGGUAAUUCACCACUUAUCCGUUAUAUUAUCGAAUUCAAACGUUCACGCGCAUCUUGGGACGAAGUGGAUCGUGUUAUGGUACCCGGACAUACAACUGAAGCGCAAGUACAGAAAUUAAGUCCCGCUACUACCUACAAUAUACGCAUUGUGGCCGAAAAUGCUAUUGGUACAUCGCAGUCAUCGGAAGCUGUAACAAUUAUUACCGCCGAGGAAGCACCAUCUGGCAAGCCACAAAAUAUUAAAGUCGAACCGGUGAAUCAGACCACACUGCGCGUUACCUGGAAACCACCAGCACGCUCUGAAUGGAACGGGGAAAUUUUGGGUUAUUAUGUUGGCUAUAAACUAUCGAACACCAAUUCUUCAUACGUUUUUGAGACUGUUAACUUUUUGACUGAAGAAGGCAAAGAACAUAGCUUGGAAUUGAAUAACUUGCGUGUUUACACCCAGUACUCUGUCGUGAUACAAGCUUUCAAUAAAAUCGGCGCGGGUCCUUUGAGUGAAGAGGAGAAACAAUUUACUGCCGAGGGCACACCAAGUCAACCACCAAGCGACACUGCCUGCACCACCUUGACCUCCCAAACCAUACGCGUCAGCUGGGUGAGCCCACCACUCGAAUCGGCCAAUGGUGUGAUCAAGACCUACAAAGUGGUGUACGCACCUAGCGAUGAGUGGUAUGAUGACACCAAACGUCAUUACAAGAAGACUGCUUCCUCCGACACCGUUUUACAUGGCCUCAAGAAAUUCACCAACUACACCAUGCAAGUGCUCGCCACCACCGCGGGCGGCGAUGGCGUACGCAGCGCAGCCAUCCACUGUCAAACCGAACCUGAUGUUCCCGAAGCACCCACCGAUGUAAAGGCUUUGGUAAAAGGCCACGCUGCCAUACUUGUCUCAUGGCGUCCACCAGCACAACCUAAUGGCAUCAUACAACAAUACACUGUUUACUCGAAAGUCGAAGGCGCCGAGGGUGAACCCAAGAGCCAGAAAAUACCACAACAUCAAAUGAGUUUUGAAGCCAUCGAUUUGGAAAAGAAUAAGCCAUACGAAUUCUGGGUCACCGCUAGCACCAAUAUUGGCGAAGGACAACAAUCGAAGAGCAUUGUAGCAAUGCCCAGUGACCAAGUGCCCGCUAAGAUCGCCUCAUUCGAUGAUACUUUUACUGCAACAUUCAAGGAAGACGCCAAGAUGCCAUGCUUAGCUGUUGGUUCACCACAACCCGAAAUCACAUGGAAGGUUAAGGGUGUGGAAUUCACCAGCAACGAUCGCAUGCGCGUCAUGGCUGAUGGUACAUUGUUAAUAAAAACGGUUAAUCGUCAAGAUGCCGGUGAAUAUUCGUGUCAUGCUGAGAACUCGAUUGCAAAGGAUUCCAUUACACAUAAACUAAUUGUGCUCGCGCCACCACAAUCACCACAGGUAUCACUUUCCGCCACCACGACCGAUUCGUUGACUGUCAAAGUGAAGCCACAUGAGGGAGACACCGCGCCACUACAUGGUUACACACUGCACUACAAGCCAGAAUUCGGCGAAUGGGAAACUGCUGAGGUAUCUGUGGACGCGCAAAAAUUCACUAUCGAAAAUCUGCUUUGCGGCUCACGCUAUCAAGUCUAUGCUACCGGUUUCAAUAACAUUGGCGCUGGCGAAGCUUCAGACAUUCUGAACACGCGCACCAAAGGCUAUAAACCCAAACUGCCAGAGAAACAACGUUUCAUUGAGGUUUCAUCGAACUCGGUUUCACUGCAUUUCAAGGCCUGGAAAGAUGGCGGCUGCCCCAUGUCUCACUUUGUUGUAGAAAACAAGAAGCGCGAACAUGCUGAAUGGAAUCAAAUUUCGAAUAAUGUUAAACCCGAUAAUAACUACGUUGUUUUGGAUCUGGAGCCCGCUACUUGGUACAAUCUACGUAUUACUGCACAUAAUUCCGCCGGUUUCACGGUUGCCGAAUAUGAUUUUGCCACUUUGACUGUGACUGGAGGCACCAUUGCACCACUCGACGAUGGUCGGGGUGCAGGCAAUCUGAAUACGCGUAUACGCCUACCCGCCUGGAUGCCCGAAUGGCUGGACUUGAAUUUUAUGGUGCCUUUAAUAGCCACUGUCAUUGUGGUAGCGGUUGGUAUACUUGUUGUAUGUGUAGCGCUUUCCAGACGCCGUGCUGAUGACUUGCGUGGAGGACAAAAGGAUGUGUACUACGAUGUAGUUUACAAUCAGACCAUGGGACCUGGCGCCACAUUGGACAAACGACGACCCGAUUUACGUGACGAGCUUGGUUAUAUUGCGCCACCCAAUCGCAAGCUGCCACCAGUGCCCGGUUCUAAUUACAACACCUGCGACCGGAUUAAGCGAGCACGUGGCAUACGCUCAAAUCACUCUACCUGGGAUCCACGUCGUACUAACUUGUAUGAGGAAUUGAAGGCUCCACCAGUGCCAUUGCACGGUAAUCAUUAUGGUCCCGAGGAUGUACAGUGUCAUUAUAGACAUCCAGGCAUGGAAGAUGAAAUCUGCCCCUAUGCGACCUUCCACUUGCUCGGCUUCCGUGAAGAAAUGGAUCCCACCAAAGCUAUGAAUUUCCAAACCUUCCCACACCAAAAUGGUCACGCACCUGGACCCGGCCACGCUGGCACCAUGGGACCACCCGGACACCCUGGACAUGUACACUCACGUUCCGGUUCACAGUCAAUGCCACGCGCCAAUCGUUACGCACGCAAGAAUAGCCAAGGCGGACAAUCGUCUAUUUAUACACCAGCACCAGAGUAUGAUGACCCAGCCAAUUGCGCCGAGGAAGAUCAAUAUCGCCGUUACACACGCGUCAACUCGCAAGGCGGCAGUCUGUACUCCGGCCCCGGACCCGAAUAUGAUGAUCCCGCUAAUUGCGCACCCGAAGAGGAUCAAUACGGUUCACAGUAUGGUGGUCCAUAUGGCACACCAUAUGAUCAUUAUGGUUCACGUGGCUCCAUGGGCCGUCGUAGUGUUGGUUCUGCACGUAAUCCAGGUAAUGGCUCGCCAGAACCACCACCACCACCACCACGCAACCACGAUAUGAGCAACUCGUCGUUCAACGACUCCAAAGAGAGCAAUGAAAUCUCAGAAGCUGAAUGUGAUCGCGAUCAUGGACCACGCGGCAAUUAUGGUGCAGAAGACUCCAAUGAGGCUGUCAAAAGAUCCCCACUGCAAAAGGAUCAGCGUACAACCGAAGAAAUGCGUAAACUGAUUGAAAGUCGACGGCCAUUAAACGAAGCCGGUCCAAAACAACUCCAACAACAAAGUGGCGCAGGAUUCACAGCCUACGAUACUAUGGCAGUGUAAUUUGUAAACCGAUAGCUGUAGCAACAACAACCACCACCACCAUUUACUAGCACAACAACAACAACACAAUUAGAUGAAGAAAAAAGAAUGAAUGUAAAACCUCCCAAGCUCCACUAGUCAGAGUAGCUGCAGCAAAAGCAACGCAAAUACCAAAUAAUUUCUUUCAGUGGAUUAGUCGGUGCAUAGAGCAGAGUUAUGUAGCGUAUGAGCGUUCUACUUAGAGUAAGAGAGAUAGAGAGAGCGUGAGUAAUAGUUAGCAAGAGAUAGCGAGCACAAGUAAACGGUAAUUUUGAAGUAAACUCAACUCUCUCACCAUAGUUAAGGCAGCGUAAGGGAGAUAGGGAGCACAUUAUAAGAUAAGAAGAGAGGAAGUGUGUGAGCGGGAAACGCACGAUACACGGGCGUCAUUUGUGCGAAAGAGACAAACAUAUAAUAAUAUCACAAGAGACAUCACAGUAAAUGUAAAUGAAAAACUAAAUAAAAAACACUCUCUCCUUUUUUUCUAUAAAAUUAAACACGUAACGAAUAAGUUAAUGAUGACGAAAAAGUUAUGCAUAAAAUUAUAAAAGAAAAGUAAAAAAAAGUUGCAGAGGAGUUGUAUGACGAAAUUUGAAGAGGGAAAAUAUUACAUAACUACAGAAACAUACAUACAUAUACGAAACAUAUUUAUAUUAUACAAAAUAUGCAUACAAUUAUAUUAUUAAUAUUACUACAACAAGAAAAAAACGAAAAAAUAUAUAUACAUAUAUUAUUAUUAUUACUAUAAUUAAAUGUUCUAUGUGAAAAGAAACUGAUAAAAAAGAAAUGAAAAUUAAAUUAAGCAAAUAAUUCUGCAUGCAAGUAAGAGAGCAGAGCGGCAUGCGAAACAACUACUUCAUUAAGACGAAAACACCAGUAAAUAUUUUACAAACAAUAACAGCAACAGCAACAAAUACAAUGUAUAUUAUUUGUGUUUAUUUGCUGUACGCAAAAACAAGAAAAAAAAUUUAUAACAAAACCAAAUUUUACUUUUAAAAAAGCAAACGAAACAAAGUACUCGUACAUAUGAAAUGAUCAAGCAUUUAUUGUAAUAAACUAGUUGAAAGUGCAGUUAAGAAAAUGGAGAGAACAGUUGCAACAAAAGCGUUUUUAUAAGCCAUCAAUUUUUAUGUAUAGUUAAAUAAGUGAAAAUGCAAACAAAGUCAGCAUAAAAAUAAAAUUUAAACAACACACUACAGAGAAGACAAAUCUCAUACACAAGACUAGCGGCAAGUGUAUAAUUUUCGUUUUCGAAUUUUAACACAAUAUUGUGUUAUAUUUGCGAAAUUCUUUUAGAUACCCUUUUUCAUCGUUAUGUAUGGAAAGCUUACGCGAACCAUUUUUUAUCGUAUAUAAUUUGUAUAUAUCCAAAGCCUUAAAUUCAGUUCAACAUAAAUUGAAAUAGCUUUGGGGAAGUUUGUGCAAACUGGCUUCUACAAGAGCUUGCGCAAACUUAAUUUUUGUGCUUUUAAAGGGUUUCUAGUUCAAGUUUGUAAAAACCGCUUGCGCAAAUAUUUUACAAUGCACUAAAAUGCAAUAAUAACAAGUAAAAUGCAGUGAUUUCGAUUUUAUAACAAAAUUUUACGCAGAUAAUUAUUGCUCUUAAGUGUUUAGCGCACUCUUUCAAAAAUAAUGAAAUUAAUAAUUUUUUCUUUACAACAUUUUGUUGACAUAACUAAGAAGUUAUGUCAUGUAAAGUUAUGAAAUUUAUUGACAUAGCCAAAUUUUAAUCCAUUUUUUACAGUAACAUUCACUUAGGUGACGUAACUAUAAGUGUUGUGCAAAAUGUUUGCUGAAAAUUUAUUAACUCCUUUGUUUACUAUUUUUACUCACUGUUUAGGUUUUACAUUAUUUGUUUAGUUGUUGUUGCUUACUGCUACAGCAAAAAUACAUUUUUUCAACUAUUUUAACACUAUUUAAUUUCAAUAAAUUUUUUAAACAGCGCGCAUAAAUAUUAUUAUUAAUAUUUGAUAAGUAUACAAUCAAUUUGCCAUUUUGCAAAGCAAGUUAUGUAAAUUUUAAUUCAAAUUAUUAUGAGCUUGCAUUUUUUAAAUUAAUAUUUACAUUUAUAAUAGUUUUUUUUCGCCAACAUGUAUUGCAUAUACAAAAUAAAUAGCAAGACGCUGUUUGUGUCCUAUUAAAUUUAAGUUAUAAUUUAAAAAAAUGUCUAAAUUUAGUUAAAAUGUAUUUUUUUAUUUAAAGAGAUUUGUGUUUUCAGGAAAUAUUUAUAUAUAAUAUUUUUAACUAAAACAAAGAUUCUGCUGGCAUAUUGUCGCGGAGAGUAAAAUUUUAACAUUUCGGCUUAUAAUCGUAGAAAAAAAAUUUUUUUUUGGUUAUAAUAACAAGUAAAAAAUAUUGCACUAUAAAUCACUAUUAAUUUCAAUCCUGCAUUGUGACUCAAAAUUUUGGUAAAAUAGAUAUACAAAUUUAAUUUUAAUUAAAAAGAAAAGAAUUUGAUAAUAUAAAAUUUUUUAAAAUAUUUCUUUUUUACUAAAUAGAAAUGCACGCGAUUUGAAAAUUCUUUCAUGAGUGAUAUAAGCUUUGUUUGCUAGUGUAAACAAGGAAGUCAUUAAUUCUUAAUUAUAAGUAAAUCUGUAAAGAUUGAUGAGGGUAAAAAUUAAUAAUUAAAAAUAUUUGCAGACAGUUUUCUUUUAAUUGACAAAUUCAAUUCUUAAUAUUGUAAUUGAAUAAGGUGCUUGGCUGUAUAUCUAUAGAUAUUCUAUUAAUGUUUUUGUUUUUUAAAUUACAAAUAUGAAAUUUUACUUUAUGAAAUUAGUGAAUUUUCAAUUUUCACACAUAAUUCGUAAUUUAUUCUGAUGUGUUGUUCAACUGCCAAGCACAAAAAAGUUGUUUUGAAUAUUUCACUAUAAAUUUCAUAAAGACUCGAUAUAUACUACAAUUUAGAUCUUAAAAUGUUCUUCCAUUUCUUUUUUUUAAUUUGCAUUAUUCAUCAAUUGAUUUAAAAAAAUGCAAUGCACAUAACUAUUUGCAACUGCUUAUAACUUUAAAACACUAUAUUUAUUUUGGUAAUCAUAAACUAAAUUGUAUAAGUAUCGAAAAAAGUUUCACGCACAAAUUACUCGAAACUAUUCAAGUUCUUCCUACAAAGACAAAGCAAAAAUUUAAUGCAAAACUUCGCUUCCUCGUUAAAUGUUCAGUUUGCAAUUGUAAAAAUUAUUUAUAAAAGGUUUUUAUAAAAUUUUCAAUUUUACAUGUAAUUUAUGCACUGAAGAAAUGCCAUUACACAAAUAUAACCCAGCAACGUUGCAAUUUUAACACUGUAAUUUGUAUUAUACAAAAUAUCUCCAAACACAACACACACUGUUCACUUUUGCACCGAAAAACUCACUUUAGUUAGUUAGCUUUAAACAAUUUUUACUUUUGGUUUUAUGUCUUCAAAAUGCAUAGGUACUAAAGUGUGUUUCUUGCGUCUGCUUACUUUUUCGAUUUUCUAAUUUAUAUAUUUUACAUUGCGUAUACUAUACUAUGUAUUAUGUUUUAAGAUUUCUUAGCUUUACGUGAUAAACAAGUUUCUGAUGUUAAAUUUAACCGCUAAGCUGUACUCGAAUUUUUUUUCGUAAAAUGUAAAAUGCUUUACUUGCUAAAUAAUA